CGAGUGGCAUGGCUGAGCUGAUGCGGGAGAGUGGCGGGCCGGAGAGAACAGUGCAAGCUCUGCGCAGGUUUGGCAAGAACGAGCGCGCUGUGGCGCCCGGAAUGAAAGCGCUUGCGGUUCAGAUGGAAGGAUAUGCGGUGGGAGAGUGCGGGGAGAGUCUGAGGGAGGAGAUCAGCGGACUGGCCAUGGAGGGGGUGCGAGGGUACCAGGAGCAUGGAGGCAUCUUUCAGUCUGCCUGCAAGCUCAUCGAGUGGGUCGCCAGCGAUCGGCAGGCGGCUCAGCGAAUCUGUGAUGAGGAGAACAUUCUUGCCUUCAUCUUGGGCGUUCGCCUCCACAAGAACGACCCGGAGGUCCUCCUGGCAGGGCUCAACGGACUCAGAGCUCUUGCUCGCGUCAGCCCCUUGCUUCGAAACAUCGUGAGGCAGCAGCGCCUCAGCCUCGUUGAUCUAGUGGUUGGGAUGCUGGGAGGAAACUUGGCGAUCAAGGAGGCAGCAGCCGAGUUGUUCUCCUUCGUGGUGCUUGACGGUGACCAAGUCAGUGACAACACCCCGGGCUCAGGAGGGCGAGGAAGCUCGGAGGAUCUUUCAGCGGGCACGGCGGAUCAGGAGAGUCUUGACACCGACACGUCAACGUCCAACCAGCUGGGGUUCGACUAUGUGAGCAUGAUGCUAAGAGGAGCUGGGCCAGGAGGAGAGAUGCAACUUCAAGGAG